UGAAUUUGCUCACUUUUACACUUCAUAAUGUUUCUGUUUUCAUUUAUUCAAACUCAUUCGGUCGUUUUUGGAUAUAAAGUAUAGUAAGUAUAGAUAUUACUGAUAAGUGUUUUUAUUAUUUUAGAUGGAUUGCUUGGAGGAAAUUUUCUUAAAUCCAAAUGCGCCGGAAGGUGUAAAUGACGAGUUUGUGUACGAAGAGCCCGAUGACGAAUUUGAAUCCCCAGAUGUCCGUGCUGAAUUUGAUUACGAUCACGAUGUUUUUUAUACCAAGGAGGUGUUUGACACACACAUAGAUUUGGUAGACUGGGCUCAAAGAACGGCAAAGGAGCUUGGUUAUGUGUUAGUAACACGAAGAUCAAAUGCCACAAAAGGCGGAGAAGUUAAAAAGGUGGUCCUUAUUUGCAACCGUGGUGAAAAAAAGAUAAGCGGUCAACCGGGGCACCCAAAGGGAGUACCAAAAUUGACUGUCCAUUCAAAUUGGUAGGCCGUCUGACAAAGGACCAUAGU